GAUCUGUUUCUUCCAUAAUUUGCUCAGAUGGCACUGCGUACUGUUGGUCUGAUUGGAGAUCAGAAUAUAAAUGUUCACUACAAUGGUGCUUCUGUUGUAAGCAAGGAAAAUAUGGCUACUGCACCGAGGAAAGGCGGUAUUGGUGGCAGGAAGGCUCUCCGAGAUAUUUCAAACUCGGGUAAGACAACCUUGAAGGAGACAUCAAAGAAGAGUCAACCCUUGAAGGAGAACUCUAAAGUCCUUGCUUUCACUGAGAAAGAGACCACUGUCUCAAAAAUCACUCGUGGUUCAAGCAAUACAAAGAGUGCCUCCAAAGCCUCAGAGAAAGUGCAAGUUGGUGCCCGGAAAGCUCUCUGCGAUAUUUCAAACUCGAUGUUUACCAUUUCGGAGGAGAAUCCUCCUCCAAUUGAAAUGCACAAUCAUGAUGAAUGUAUCAAAGCUCAGGAAACUAUAAGAAGGAAAGAGUUUUUGCAGAUAUUUGGAUUAGAAGAUGAAGAUGAAGAUAAAGAUGAAUGGUACAGAUCUGAAGAUGAAGAUGAAGAGAUGACUGAUCUGCUGAUCAAAGAUUGGUCUCCACCGAAGCAUAUGAUCAAAGAUUGGUACUCUGCCCCACCUAGACCUAGUCCAAAGCUAAUGGAUUGUUAG